AUGUUGAUCGUAGUUCUCCUCCCAGCCGUUGUGGCUACCUGGGUUCUUGCGAGGGCGCUGUACUUGGUAUACGUCCACCCACUUGCUAUAUACCCCGGGCCGCUUUUAGCCAAGCUCACAGACAUAUAUUACGCGUACUAUGCUUGGCGAGGUGAUAUUCAUUUGAAAAUAUGGGAGGAUCAUCAAAAAUACGAACACAAGACGCCCAGUUCGUUCACGUCACGCGAUAGGAAAGACCAUUUACGCAGACGACGUAUAGUUUCUCAGACAGUGUCGGAGAAGGCACAGAGAGGCUACGAAGACCGCAUUAAAGUACACGUGAACAAACUUUGCGAUAUAUUGUAUCAGGAAACUCUUGCGGCUGGCCAAUGGAGUGCCUCUUUGGAUAUGGGCCGUUGGUGCAAUUGGUUGACGUUUGACGUCAUGUCUGACGUUGUGUUCAGUGCGUAUUACAAUCUGCUCGGCUCUGAACGAUUUCGAUAUGUCCCUGAGGCUAUUUCCAAGUCCAAUGUACGCAUGUCGGUCCUAGUCAUUAUUCCCUGGCUUUCUUCGUUUAACAUGGACCGCUACUUCUUCCGUGACGCCAUCAUUGCGCGUUACCGCUUCUUAAAAUUCGUGGUGCGUUGCGUGCGGGAACGCAUCCAGCGAGGGACAAAGCUGGAGCUCAGCGGCAUUCAACUCGACGAACAGGAGCCUAGCCCAGACGCCAUUGAAGGAGGAACUGGUGGCGAUGUGUUCGAGGCACUGUCUUCAGCUCGAGACUCCAAGACAGGAAGGAGUUUUGGGCAAGAGGAGCUGGCAUCCGAGAGCGUCACCCUCAUCGUGGCUGGGUCAGAGACGUCGUCAACUGCCAUUGCAUCUGUCCUUUUCUAUUUGGCUGACAACAAAUUCGUAUACGAUCGACUGGCAGCGGGGGUGCGCGCAAGUUCCGAAGCAGCCUUCCAAUCGUGCAUAUAUCUGCGCGCUUGUAUAGAUGAGGCAAUGCGCAUGUCACCGCCAAACGGUGCCGUGCUCGGUCGAGAGGUAGUCGCUCCAAAUAGCCUCCUCGUGGACGGAAGCCGCAUAGGAGCCGGUUGCAAUACUGGUGUGGGCAUUUACGCGAUACAUCAUGAUGGUCGCUGCUACGCUGAUCCGUUUGUCUACCGACCAGAGCGUUGGAUCGAGGACGAUGGCUCCGGCGACAGCAUCGAGCGAGCCCGUGCCGCCUUCAAUCCGUUCUCACUCGGAACGCGGUCUUGUGUUGGUAAAAGCCUUGCUUACCAUGAAAUUGCCAUCACCAUUGGGACCAUCCUCCGCCGAGGAGACUUUCGUUUUGCUGCAGGAGAGUUGGGACGGAUUGGUCGAGGUAAGCAAGGAGCAGCAGCAAGCUGCCGAGGUAGACAACCUGAGAAUGAGUAUCAGCUGCGUGAACACAUUGCAGGACAGAAAAAUGGUCCCUGGCUCGAGUUUCUGCCCCUGAGUCGCUAA